UGUAAGUUAGAUUUAGGUGGUCAAUAAUGGAUGUGCAGGCGCAUAAACUAGAUUCUCUAAAAGCCAUGCAUUGGCAUGCUUAGAACAAGAAUAAGUGGCCACGCAUGAACACCAAAGUGCAUACAUAAUUAUAAGUACUCGAUAGAAAUGCAUAUCCAAUUGGAAUACAUGAGUUGUUUUACAGAUUAAAAAAAACAAUACCCAGUUGGAAUACUCCUAAUUCGUUCUUAUUGAUACUGUGUAUGAUUUUAGGUGUGCCGACCAUAUUUGCCAUGCCCAAAAGAAAAAGAACAAGAAAAAGAAUCAUUUGGGUCUGGCCGGAUCCAAGUCAACUUUCCUAUUUAAAAUUCUUUUAAUAAUCCCAAGGUAUUAAAAAAGGGCUUACUGCAACUUCAUUACAAUUAAUUACAAUAUAAAAUACCAAACAUCCACACGGUGUUCAAAUUCCUGGACUUCCUCCGCCUAUUGAUUGAAGGGAGAUCGAUUUUUCAUUGAAAAACAGAAUCCAAUUCACUUAUAUACUGCGUUCAAUCCAUGAAAGUCCAGUUCCCAAAAUAAAUGGAUUGUUGUCUUUGCAGUCCUAUUGUAAGUAUUUUCCGGCCUCCAAGGAACACUAUUUGUGGGAGCUGCUAUGAGGGUGCUAGGUGCAUCUUGGCUAUCACACAACAAAUGGAAAGCCCGCUUCAAGAAGAGGCAGAGAAAGCCAAGGAACAUGCUCAAAAGGGGCUUUCACAGGCUUUCAAUCAGCUGAAACAUUUGAAGCGGCUGGAUGAUGCCCUUGUUGAGAAAUAUAAUUUUGUAGACGCAUUAGGAAUUGCUUUUCACCAGGGACUACAUACAGACGUGGAGCUUGUUCCCAACGAAGGACCUUCAAUCCAUGCUCACCGUAUUGUUAUGGCAACAAAGUCCCCAGUCUUCAGAAACAUGUUUGAAGCAGAUGAGUGUAAGGGGCCACAUACUGGUUCAGUCUCUUUUUCCGACAUGGGUCAUGACCAGCUGAAAAGUCUAGUAGAGUUUCUAUACAGUGGAAGCCUAUCUGAGGACAAGAUAGAACAACAUGGACAUGCGUUGUUUAUAGCAGCUGACAAAUAUGAUAUUCCUUUCUUGAGAAAGACAUGUGAGACUCAUAUCUCUAAUACUAUAAACCCAUUAAAUGCUUUGGAUGUUCUUGAGCUUGCAACAAUGUGCUCUGCUACUGCACUGAAAGAAACAGCCAUAAAUGCUAUUCUAAGACAUCAAGAUGAAAUAAUCUUCUCGGAAAAAUAUGAAAGUUUUGCUCUAAAAAAUGCACUCCUUUCUGUAGAAGUUACAAAGGCACUGCUUAAAGACAUGAAGGGUAAAAUAGCAAUCCAAACCAAGAGUACUUUAAAGAUUUAGUUCUGUAAGAUCUAUCCUAUUACAUAGUUUUUCCUUGUCGUAUAUAAAAAAAAUUAUUGCC